CUCCUGUUUAAAAAUGGCGCGACAGCUGUAUUUGUAGAAAAUUUUAUGGGAAACCCUAGGCCUGGGUACCAGCUUUGAAGGUAGGCAUGCAAUGUAUCAAAACACUUUAACGUUUCAACUAGUCAAUGCUUCUAUUUUCGGACAGGUUAUUAGCACCAUCUAAACUCAAGCACCAUCACAAAUGUUUUUUUUUUUUCAUUUGUUUCCCUUUGAAAAUGCUCAUGGGAGCUUUGAAUGAAGAGUUGUUACAAGCAUCCCAUACAGACGGUCCAUACAUGGGGAAGAAAUCUACAAAGGUGCUUCCUGCCAGGGAAACCGCGAUAAACUCCGGCAGGAUCAGCCACUUGACUUGAGUUAAGGCUUUAACCUUUACCUUAGUUUUCUAUCAGAACCAGUAAGGUGUUAGGAAAACAAAAUAAAUCCAAAAUUCCUAAAUUUUAGCCUCCAACAAAAUAUAUGAGGAAAUGGGAAAGGAAUUUUCCACCGCAGUGCAAAUGGUCGUAAAACGUGAUCGCGGCAAAGCGAUUGCGUGACACUCGGUAAGUUGUAAGAUGCAUUUUCCCACGUAUCAGACGAAAAAACAUUUUAAAUUCUCGGUCUGCAUUUUGCACCCAGUAUGCAGUCUGCAUUUUGUAGCCUGUCUCGCGGGUAUUACACAGAAGGUAAUUUACAGAAAGCUCCCCAAUCCAGAGAUCGUUUCCUCUGUGCAGUUGGACAGACGGGGCGGCUUUCUGCAGUGCCUACAACCACCAUCAUGCUUGCGAGUAAAUUCAGUUUAACAACCCGUCUCACAGCUAUCGGAAAUUUGCUCGCGGACAAAAGGACGGAUGGUCCCUCACUUCCAGCGUUUAUUUUCAAUUUUUUUCCCUUCUAUCAAAUAAUCCAAUCUCACCCAGGGGCGGAAAAUUUGCCUGGCUUUCGUUUACGAAUCGGAAGUUGAAAGUCACAAGCCCCACCUCUACCCUCCCAUCGAUGACGUAAUGUCCGUGUCGAGCUAGAUAAAUUUGUGUGAUUUAUCGAAAAGUGUAGUUAGUCUUCGCUACAGCUUCCGCGUUCUUCGGCGUUCAACUUCCCAAAUAAUUGUCAAACAUCCACAGAUUUACAACAGAACUUGGUGUUCUCAAACAAUGGAGACCAAAGAGAAUAUGGAAAAUCAGACAAAUGUAAGAGUCUUUGACACACAUGACAGAGAAUGGAACACUGAAAAUCAUCAGCUUAUCUCUCUAAAUGAAACUGGACAGGUUCCAGGUCACUACUUGUGGGUAAAUGGAACAUCUGUUUCAUCCAAUGCAGUCAGUACAAACCAAAAAACUCUGUUUAAGAUCCACACUGUUAUAGAACAAGAUGCAAACGGAAAAGCUUAUCAAGUUGUCAUUCUGGAAAAUAAAAGUGGAAGUGUUGUGGCAAUAAACAAGGAUGAUGACACCGUCCUUGCCAAGAAUCUUCCUAAAUCUCCAAGCCAAUACAACACCUUUGAAGAAGUUAGGAAAGACAAUCCUGAAGUGUUGUUCUACAAGGUGGCAAGGGAACCUGGCAGUGAGCUGUUUUACUUCAAGUCUUACCUCAAAGAUAAACAACGCAUUCUCGGUUUUGAUACAUCAGGAAAACCAUUGAACACAUCUGAAGUAGAUUUAAAUCGGGAGGAAAGUUGGUUUUCCGUGAUAUAAAAUCGCUUGUAAGUGCAAAAUUAAAGUUGCAGUUUACAAUUUAAGUAAGAUAUAUUUAUCAAACAAUAAAUUCCAGUGAGGAAAUUGUUUCACUUAGUUUAAGUGAUGAAUAAAGUCAUAUGCAGUGUCAGUUUGACAACCAAGUUCAUGAAGUUUAGCAUGGUAACACCUGGUUUUUUACUGUCUGUUUUUGGAUAGAAUAACAAUCAAAAUUUACUUUAUAAAUGUUGGAAAAAUGUUUUUUAUAAAACAAGAAUUAAAACUAGGGAAAGUUUGGCUAAAUAUGUGACAAUGAACAUCACUGAUGCCAAUGUAACCUCAAAAAAUUAUAUUUUAAGAUAAAUUUUUUGAAAAGUGACAGAGUUUGAGCUAUUGCUGAUAGAAUUACAAUUCAUAAUUUAAAAUUUGAUUAUAUGUUGAUCAUAUUCUUGUAAAAGAGUAUCAAAAUGUUUCAUGGGAAAAUAUUUUUUAUAAAACAAGAAUUAAAACUAGGGAAAGUUUUGCUAAGUAUGUUAUAAUGAAUAUCACUUUGAUGCCAAAGUAACCUCCAAAAAAAAUUAUUCAAAGAUGAAUUUUCGAGAAGUGACAGAUUAUGAGCUAUCAGUGAAAUACAAUUCAUAAUUAAUUUGAUCAUAUUUCAUAUUCUUGUAAAAAAGUAUCAAAAUAUUUCACUAGAGAUUUGUCAUUUUUGUCCUGAUUCUGUGCCAUAAAAGGUUACCAAACUAUUUAAAAAAAUAGAAAAAACCUAUUGCCAGUUUCUGUAAGACCUGCAUGCAUGCAGCAAAAUGGUUAUGAGCAUGUUGGCAACAAUCUUAAAUAAAAAUAUCUUUGAAAA